CCCGUCGGGGACGGGCGCGGCGGGAGCGCGGCGGGACGGAGCGGCUGCCGCUGCCGGAGUUACCUUGAUCCCGGCGGGAAGGAGGAGAGGAGAAGGAGGAAGAAGAAGAAGAAGGCGGCGGGGGUCUUCCCGCUAAGCCGGGCAGGAUGGACAAGUACGACGAUCUCGGUCUGGAAGCCAGCAAGUUCAUCGAGGACCUCAACAUGUACGAGGCCUCCAAGGACGGUCUCUUUCGGGUGGACAAAGGUGCCGGCAACAACCCCGAGUUCGAGGAGACCAGGCGGGUGUUCGCCACCAAGAUGGCCAAGAUCCACCUCCAGCAGCAGCAGCAGCAGCAGGAGGAGAUGCUGAUGGCCGCGAUGAACGGAGGUGCUGCCGCCUUCCACCCUCCCCGUCCCAGCCCGCCGGUGGCGCGGGGUUCGAAGCCGCCCCCCGCCGCCCAGGGGCCGCGAGCGAGGCCCUGCGAGGGAGGGGAGCGGGGCUUCGGAGAGAGCGGAGCACGUGCCGGGGCCCCGGGGAGCCAGGCCGGGCGCCGGGGCUGGGAAGCGGAGCCCGACAGGAUCCCCCGAGUGGGGGGCACACAGCCUGGCGUGGGGCGCGGGGAGCAGCAGGCUGGGAGCCUCGGCGACCCCCAGCCCUGCCGCGGCGGGCAGGAGAACGGCGGCGAGGGCAGGCGAGGUGUCGGGGGCCGUGACCCGAUGCCAGCCGGACAGAGGUCCUCCUUCUCAAACUCCGGGAUCCCCUCGGUAGGGCCAGAGGAGCCCCCGCCACAGCAGAGGUCCUCAUCCUUCUCGGCACCCUCAGCGCAGCCCACGCGAGGGUUUUCAGGCUCCGCUGAGCCCUGCGGUCCCAAAGCCGGAGGAGAUGGCGGCCAGCCGUGGUACCAGGGUGUCUCGGUGUCCUUCCCGCCAGACUCCGCAGCCGCUGCUCCCAGCGUGGAAUACCAGCACGGCGCUGCCUACCCCAGCCCGGGCAGUCACUUGGUGGCCCGCGGCCAGAGCCACAGGCCCGCCAGCAGCAGCGGGAGCCCCGAGGCGGGCUCCUCCCGCCUGGCCUCGCGGGGGAUGGUGGCUCCCAGUGCGCCGCAGAUGCUUUUCCCGGAGGGCGUGAGCGGGCCGCGGGCAGACUCUGGGCACCUGGAUGGCUCCAGCACAGCAAAGGUGAAGCUGCCCUGCCAGACCCUCCUUCCGCAGCCAGAGCAAGGGCCAUCGGCGGCUGAGCUGAAGCUGGAGGCACUGACCCAGCGGCUGGAGCAGGAGAUGGAUGCUCGGCCAAAGGCUGAUUACUUUGGUACCUGCGUGAAGUGCAGCAAGGGCGUGUAUGGAGCAAACCAAGCUUGCCAAGCCAUGGGCAACCUCUACCAUGACAGCUGCUUCACCUGUGGAGCCUGCAGUCGAAAGCUGAGAGGAAAAGCCUUUUAUUUUGUCAAUGGAAAGGUGUUCUGUGAAGAAGACUUCCUGUAUUCUGGUUUCCAGCAGUCGGCUGACAGGUGUUUCAUUUGUGGUCAUUUGAUAAUGGACAUGAUCCUGCAGGCUCUAGGGAAAUCAUACCAUCCAGGCUGCUUCCGAUGCGUCAUCUGCAACGAGUGUCUGGACGGUGUGCCAUUCACUGUAGACUCUGAAAACAAAAUCUACUGUGUCAGAGAUUACCACAAAGUUUUAGCUCCAAAGUGUGCAGCAUGUGGACUUCCCAUUCUGCCCUCUGAGGGGUCUGAUGAGACCAUUCGGGUUGUGUCCAUGGACAAGGAUUACCAUGUGGAAUGUUAUCACUGCGAGGACUGUGGGAUGGAACUGAACGAUGAAGACGGACAUCGCUGCUACCCACUGGAUGAACAUUUGCUUUGUCACUCCUGUCACCUGAAACACAUAGAGAAUGGCACAACCCCAGCAGCUGCCUACCAGCACCACUACUAGUCAGCAUGGCCAGAGUUGGAAAGCUAGGACAGAAGAGUCGUUACAUGCUCUCCCUCUCCCCACCUUCAGCUGAUUUCCUGUGCAUGUUUUUCACCAGUCAGCAAUGUUCCUGUCGAAGGAUAUGAGAGAUUUUUGCUGGAUUCACCAAGUUUGUAUGCUUGUGGGUUUCAGCUGUAUCAAACCAUAUCUACUUGACCAAGAACGUGGCAUGUUACCUAAACCGAUCAGUUACUUUUACAUGUCUUUUUCUGCCUCCUGGAGAUUCCUCUGGACUAAUUUUGGAAGAUUCUUCAGUAAAAGCACAAUUUGCUCUCAUGCCUAUGAACUCUGGUCAUGCUAUACACAAUUAAAAAGCCAGAGGCUGGCUUGCCUGCCUGCCAGGGACAUCCCAUCAGUCUACUGUUUCCUGAAAGCACAUUUCAUCAGGCUUCCUGAAGGACACCAGCCUAUUAGUACCAGCUUUUCAGACACUCUCUUUUUAUUAAUUCUUUAGGAAAAGAAAAGAAAGGGGUCUGUGCAAAAGGGCACACUCAGACCUUUCAGUUAAUUUCCUGAACUCCAGUAUCAAGUCUGGCUGUAAAAGUACCAACUCCAAGCACAAACCAGGCAAUGCUGUCUGGCAACUGGAGGCCAACAUCCCAUUUCAAACAGAACAAAAAACUGGAACAAGCUAGGCUAAGCUACUGCAAUGACUUGGGGCCCAGGCUCGUGUGUCAGCACGACACAUAGGGGUCAGACUGCUGUGUCAGCAUCUGAACAGUGGAUCAUAUUUGGAAAGGAAAGGUCGGGAUGCUGAAAGUGUGGAGAUGGGGGAAAUCCACCCUCAUACUUGCUUGCGGAGCUCGCUUUGGAAAAAAAGUUCUCCGUACACAAACAGUUGCCUGAGUUUUCCAGUUUGUCCUCACAGCUCAGCCCUCAGCCUGGCUAUUCCUUUUCAUGGUGUUUACCCAGCACAAAGCCACUUCAUAGUGGUGCUUAUUUAGAGCUUGGGGAGCAAACUUGGGGUUGUUAUGAAGGCUUUGUCACGCAGGGAUUUAGAGCCCAGCUCCACAACCUGAACUCAGAUGAGUAUAUUGGCAUAAACAGAUUUGCUCCAUUGAAUAAUAACAGCUUAUCUGAGCAAGGGGUUGGAGAGUUUGGCCCUUACUUUCCAUUCUGCUGAGAAAGCAAGAAGGCAAAUUGUUUCUUGUCUUGACACCACCUCCCCACCCCCACCCCCACCCCCCCGAUUUAUAGGCAAAUUUGUGCAGGCCCUCAUGUACUGGUACUUUUGUGUAACAAAAAGUUCUUAAUUAAGGUCUCAGAUGGAUCUUAACUAUUCUUUCUUUGUGUGGAAAAUUAGUUAAAUCCUCAUGUAUCUCUGCUGAAGAUGUAAAUUCUGACUGGCAAAGGAUGGGAUAACAUUCUUGAAGAUAUUUUCAGUGUGGAAAUGACAAUAAAUUAGCUGAGCCGUGGCACUGGGACACCCAAAAGGUUCCCAUGCUGAAAACCCAUUACAGUUCAACCAAACCUCUUUUCCAAUAGCAUGGAUGUAGCUUGAAUUUCACUUGAUAUGGUCAGACAGCAACAUGUACACAUCUGGAGGAGCACAGGUGUCAGGUAGCAGCAAGUUGCCUGUCUCUGUUUGUACUAGUAAGUCAUCUUGCCUCGGCUGAAAUGUGAAACUGCCCCAGCCCAAGGAGCUUGGUGGGCCCAUGGUGCCAACUGAUCAUCCAGCCCUCUGCCCCAUUCACUGUUAGUGCCGCUGCCUCUUUCCACUGCUCUUCAGAUGGGGAUGGCAGCUUGGGGCUGUAGGCUGGUCCUCCCUAGGAGCCAUCCAGAGCUUUGGUGUAGCUUGGCUCUGCAGCACCAUUUUUCCUGGAGACAUGAAUCCCUUCAGUGAGUGACUGAAAGCUCAAGAGAGGGCAUUUUAGCACUGUGAAAUAUAUCUUCUGAGAGUUUUACCUGUGAUUUUAGAGGAGGUAAAAUUGACCCCAAAUAUGUGAGCCCUCUUAAGAGACUUUAAUUUAGCUGGUUAGGAAUGGGAUGGGAUCUGACACAAAAUGUAAGCGGUGCUGCAUCCAAGCAGGAUGUAUCGAGGGCAACAGCCAGGGCAGAUCCCAUAGUGCUCUCACCCCAGUGCAUCUCAUCAGCUUGUGUCCUGCAGCACAGCUAGGCUGGAGCAGGGAGGGGGUGUUCCAGGUGUGACUGUGAUCUCAGGACUAUCUGAAGGGACUGAAGUGGAAAAUAACACCAGCUCACAGUCCCUAGUAAAUAAUUCACAUAGUCCUGGGCAGGUGGUUCUGCACCCUGGGCUGCUUUUGGCAGUGAAGGCAACGAGAUAUCAAAGUGGUUUUUUUGAACUGAGCUGGAAACACCAGCUUUGGUCAUCUGUUGCUGUCUCUGAAAGACCAGCUGCUAUGUAGUUCAUGCUUUUGCUACCUCUUGAUUUUUAGAUCAAGCCUUUGUGCACAUUUUUUGGCCUUAAUUUUGUAAAGAUCUGCAAACACUAGUGGGACUGGUAUUUUGUUUUUAAACUGCAAUUUAAACUUCUGUCUCACUCUUUCAGCCUUCCCCAAAACCUCAAAAUAAGCAGGAGAGAAGGGAAAGGAGAGAAGGACAAUUUUCCUUCAUGGAAAGCCUCAAGGGCAGCAGUUCGUGGCAAGAUGUCUUGCAGGAGCCCUCUUUGCAUUACCAGAGAGUUUGGCCUCUGCUCCCACACAGUGUCUUCUUACUCCUGUCAGCCAUCCUGUAUCUGUCAGCACUGGGGAAACGAAGGCUGCCCUACUUCCAGUUUAAAGGUCCCCUAUAAAUUAUUAAAUGCUAACACUCUUCUUUCCUGUAUUUAAAAAGAGCUGGGAGUGACAAUGUGAAGCUCUUGAAAAAAGGAGCCUGUGAGCUUGUGGUUUAGAAGCUAAAGCAUCUACUGCACUGCCCUGCACCCCUGUGUGUGCUGACUUGCACUGCUUUUAUCUCUGGGAGGUCGAAUUCCUUUAAGCUCAAUAUUAUUUCUCCCUGGCUGUGAGUGUCUGAGUCCCUGAUGAUUUUCCCCAGCUUCUCCCCAGCUCUGCAGCUGCCUGGCAGUGGGUUUGGCACAGCAGGAGGCAGGGGCAUCCUCCACAGGGGAACCUUCUCCUCCUGACCCUCCACCAGGCAUCUGUGGAGCUGCAAGCCCUCACUGCCUGCCUUCAGGCAGCUCCCCCAAAGGGAGAAAUAGCGCUGGAGCUGGGAGUGUGGGGCUUUGUGUCCUCUUCAGAAGAAUUUCAAAAAACAUGUUAAAUUCCACCUAUCUCAUUGGGUUUUGCUGUUCAUGUGAACCUUGUUGCCUUUUAAUUUAUUAAGAAGCUAUGAAAACAUGCUGUGGAAAGUUAGUCCUGAUUCCUCCCCCAGCAAGUUCUUCUGACUGGCUUUAAAGUAAGGGACCCUUGGAAGUCCCAUUGUGCUGUUAAUGAGUAACUCUCAUGCAAAUAGUUAUUCAAGUGAAUUCUCUGAAGCCUGCUUUCAGGAAUCAGAGCUUAAAAGAUGUUUUCAUUCAGAUCAUGCUGUUAAAUUUCUAUUGCUUAAAAUACAGAAACUCAUUUAAAUAGGGAUUUUUGCAUACGAGCCGGGAGAAAGCUCCAGCUACAGAAGCAGCAGACAUUUUUGUGUAAUUUAAAGUGUAAGAAGCACCUGUGAUCAAAGCAAUUUGGAAAUUGCCCUGAUGUUAAAACACAGGGAGCAGCAGUUUCUAACACUCUGGUAAGGAGCAUUUGAAAAGAUCUUUGGCUCUUCAGUUUCUGAAUUUCAUUUGGGGGCUUUUAAAAUGUCUUCCCAGUCUUUCAAGGUUUAAAUGGCUUUUUUUUUUUUUUUUAGACCUUUUUACUACAAAGUGAAUAGCUGCUUAGUCUGUAAAUGAUGGAGUUUCAUCAGCAAUCAGGUGUGAUGUGGCUGCCUUAAAAGGGGAAAACUGGGUGUCCAAGAGAAAGAAAAGAAAAGAAAACUGAGUGUCCAAGAAAACUGGCCGGCUGUUCCAAAGAAAGGAUUAUCUUUUUUUGGAAAAAAAAAUCCCAUGUGAGCCUUGACCACUUGCUGUGUGCUCACUUUUGGGGUGGUGUGUGCAGUUGUGUCCAUGCACAUGAUGCCUGUGACACACCUGCCUUUCACACCUCUGUGCCCAUGCCAAGUGCUUGGAGGUGCCUUUUAAUGUGCGUGAAUGUAAUGCCAAGUUGACCCAGGCUUCAUCACUGGGCAAUACCCCUGGAGUCAGUAGCUGCAGGCAGAGAAGGGCUAUGACCAGAUACACAUCCCUUUCCCCCAUCCUGUGAGUGCCUGUGUCACUGGGAGAAGCUGGGAAGGGCUUUGCAUCUCUCAUCAUCGCACAGCAUUUGUGCGUUCAUUUUUCUUUUCCAUUUCUGUGUGCUGCUGCUCACUGGCUGCAGCAGUUCUGGCUGUCCUCACUGAAGCUGACUGGGCAGACAUCUUCCUGUCACGAACCCAGAGGGAGCUUGGAACUGCUCACCCACCCUUUUCCUAAGGAGAAGCAAUGCUUUCCUGAGCAAUAAAAAUCCUUACCCUGCUUUUUUCCAGGGCAGUCAGAAGUUGGUGUGGCAAUGCAUCUGCAACCCACUCAGACACGACAGGAGAUGGGAAGAAACUGUCCCCACGUGCAAAUACACGGCAAAAAGUCCUGUAAAGGCAGGAAUGCCCUGUGGCCCUGGCAGAGGGAUGACUGGGCUGCAGUUGCCAGCCCUGUCGGCACCAGCCCUCCUCCCCCCGCAGCAGGUCUGCGGAGCACAGCCAGGCAGGGACCAGGCACACACACCCCCAGGCUCUGCCUUUCUGGGUCUGGAAAGCAAAUCCAGAGCCUGCAUAACGAUACUGAAUGGUACUAGUUAUUUUAUGUUUCCUUCAAAGCUCCGCUCCGGGAGAGAGUAUUUUAGGAUUUGUGCUGGUGUAACUAACCUUAGCCUCCUGUGAACACAGCCCUCUUUUCUUCUGUGCUGUUAAGUAUUUAUAAAGAAUGGAGACCAGUAGCAGAAUGAAGCCACUGGCCUGUUGUGAUUUCGUGAUUAAAGACAGUAUCUUAAGCAACA